AUGGCUAGCGUUCGUACUCUCAAGAAAGGCGCAGACCUCGUCGCUGCCCGAGCGGCCGCUCUCCAUGCACCCCGCGCUUCUAUCGGCUCCACACUUUUGCGGCGGGAGCUAUCAACUGCCUCGGUGCGGCCAGCUGCCCGUGUGCCUAGCGCCCGCGUUGCUGUUCCCAAGGCAAUUGGAAAGAUUCAGACCGUCCGAUAUGCUUCAAGCUCAAGCGAGCCUCUCAGCAAGACACAGCUGUACGCGUUGCACGAGGCCCAUGGCGCUAAGAUGGUCCCCUUCGCUGGGUUCGCCAUGCCGCUCCAGUAUACCGACUUGAGCCAUGUGGAAAGCCACAUGUGGACUCGUGAGAAGGCCAGCUUGUUUGAUGUCAGCCACAUGGUGCAACACCACCUGAGCGGACCAGGUGCCCUCGAGCUUUUGAUGAAGAUCACCCCUUCUUCCCUUGACAAAUUGGCCCCCAACACUUCUACCCUGUCUUGCCUCUUGGAAGAAGGCACCGGUGGUAUCGUGGAUGACACUGUCAUCACCCGCCGCGGCGAGGACACCUUCUACUUCGUCACCAACGCUGGCCGCCGCACCGAGGAUCUUGCCUUCCUCACAGCCGAGAUCGAAGCCUACCGCUCCAAGAACGGCGCCGACAGCAUCAAGUGGGAUAUCCUCGAGGACCGCGCCUUGAUUGCCCUGCAGGGUCCCCUCGCCGCCAGCGUCCUGCAGCCCCUCAUCAACGCCACUAAUGCCUCCGCCGCCGAGACAGACCUGAGCACUCUCUACUUUGGUAACUGCCGCGAGCUUCACCUCACCCUCCCCGAUGGCACCGCCACCCCCCCCCCUCUCCUGAUCUCCCGAACUGGCUACACCGGUGAAGACGGCUUCGAGAUCUCUAUCCCUACUUCCGCCUCCGCCUCCCUCCCGGAGCAAGUUGUGAACCUCCUUCUCCAGGAUAAGGACACCACCCGCCUCGCCGGUCUCGCAGCUCGUGACUCCCUUCGCCUGGAAGCUGGCAUGUGUCUCUAUGGCCAUGAUAUCUCCACCGCACAGACUCCCCCCGCCGCUGCCCUGGGCUGGGUCGUUGGCCGUGACCGCCGCGAUCCUGAGACUGCUACCUUCAACGGUGCCUCCGCUAUCCUGCCCCAGCUCGCCAGCCCCGCAAAGACUCUGAAGCAACGUCGUGUUGGUCUUACCGUUGAGAAGGGCUCACCUGCUCGUGAGGGUGCCGUUGUUGUGGAUAUUUCUGAUCCUGCCAACCCCGUCGAUAUCGGUGUUGUUACAUCCGGUGUGCCUAGCCCGUCGCUUGGCGGCCUGAACAUUGCCAUGGCCUAUGUCAAGUCAGGGUUCCACAAGAAGGGCACCGAGGUUGGUGUCAAGGUUCGCAACAAGGUUCGCAAGGCCAGUGUUGCUGGUAUGCCUUGGAUCGAGAGCAAGUUCCACCGCCCGUCCUAA